AUGGGUAAAGCCAGAGCAGCUGCUCCCAAACGAACCGAUACGAAGUUGAAGAGUAAGAGUGCUGGGGCAAGCAAGAAGCCAGCGAAGAAAGCUGGAAAGGAUCCAAACAAGCCUAAGAGGCCCGCUAGUGCUUUCUUCGUUUUCAUGGAGGACUUCAGAGAGAAGUACAAGAAAGAGCAUCCAAACAACAAAUCGGUUGCCGCUGUCGGUAAAGCUGGAGGUGAUAAAUGGAAGUCUUUGUCAGAAGCUGAAAAGGCUCCCUAUGUAGCCAAGGCAGAGAAGAGGAAGGUUGAAUACAACAAGAACAUUCAGGCCUACAACAAGAGAUUAGCUGAGGGCACAAAUGGAGCUGAUGAGGAAGAGUCUGACAAGUCCAAGUCUGAAGUGAAUGAUGAUGAUGAAGACGAGGACGAGAGCGGAGAGGAGGAAGAUGAUGAUGAGUAG